GCACUCAAAAUUUCAGAAUGCGAAUUGCCCUUUCCUUACUCUCUUCGCACCCAGUUAGGAUUAUUAAUAUACGCUCUAAGAGUACAAACCCCGGAGUGGAUGAUGCUGAGCUUAGCCUUUUCAAAUUAUUAGAUGAAAUAACCAACGGUACAAUUGUCAAGAUAAAUGAUACUGGAACAAUCGUGUCUUUCUUUCCUGGAAAUCUUAUUGGAGGAGAGUUUACGUUUUCCUGUUGCACAUCUAGAGGCCUGGGCUAUUACCUUGAAGUACUACUCCUGCUUGCCCUCUUUUGUAAAAAUCCCACUGAAGCCAGACUCUUUGGUGUCACCAAUAACUCAAUCGAUCCAUCUGUAGACAUUAUAGAUAAAGUAUGGUUCAAGGUCUUGGCUCAUUUCUUAGGGCCAGUGGGAGCAGAUGGACUAAAGAUUGAAGUUAUAAAAAGGGGUCUUCUUCCUAAGGGCGGAGGCGAAAUCUUAUUUAAAGCUAAACCCUGCAAAUGUAUUUUUCCCAUAAAUAAACUUAGAAGUGGUAAAGUUUUCAGAAUCCGAGGACUUGUGUGGACAUGUCGAGUCAAUCCAAGUAACAAUAAUCAAAUGAUUGCUGGUGCUAAGGAUGUUCUCACAAAAUUUCUUAGUGAUGUGUAUUUUACAAAGGAUCACAGGAAGAGCGAUUCAUGUGGCUCUAGUCCGGGAUUUGGCAUAAUCUUAUGGGCUGAAACAAAAGAAGGUUCAUACUUUUGUUCUCAAGCAAUAAGCGAACCGCUGGGCUCUUCUCUUCCUCCUGUGAUCCCCGUAGAUUUAGGAAAAAGAGCCGCUGAACUUCUUCUUACUGAGAUUUACCGUGGUGGCCAUGUUGGCUCAGAUACUCAAUCUCUUGCAUUUAUCCUUAUGGCAUGUGAGUCAGGAAGAAAUGCAAGUCAAUUGCUCAUUGGUCUACCUACUUUGUAUUCUAUUGGGACCUUAAGGCUAAUUCGAGAUUUUUUUGGGGUAAAAUUUGAUUUGCGAUAUGAAGAACAAUUCCAUCGUUUGGACAAAAUGUCCAAUAUGGGUGAUAUUGAAUCGAGUACUAAAGCUAAUCCAAAACCGCAAAAGAGCGAAUAUCAUGAACAGAAGAAUGGUGAUGAAGCCAAAAGGCAUCUAGUUGAUCCUGAAAGUCAGCAUUAUUCUGGUCUCGACAAGUUGAUUGUAACUUGUUUUGGCUCUGGCUUACAACACGUAAACCAAGCUAUACGUUAG